AUGGAAAGAAAAGAACCCGCUAAGGAGCGCCUGAGAAACAUCAAAUUACUUCUCCACUGUGAGGUGGUGAGGAAGUUUGGUCAUUGCUCCUUUCUCCUCUUGAAGCUUGUUGGGUCAUUCAAGCUUUGUGGAGCUGGUUCACUGGAAUUUGAAAAUGAGCUAAGUCAGAAAGUUGAAUGA